AUGACGAUGUCCAAGAGCGAACUCCGAUGCCAGGCCCAUGAUGCCUAUGGUGGGCACCUGGGUGUUCAGGCUAGCCGCAUCGCAGGCAAUUCAGCGGCAACAUCAAAGUCAGUGCUGAUCCUGCUGGGCUCCGGGGGCCACACAGGAGAGAUGAUCCGAAUCUUGCGCCAAUUUGAGCAUUUCGAUCACCUCCAACGCCAGUACGCAGUCUCAGACUCGGACGAAACAUCGCUCGCUAGCAUUGGCAGCCUGGAAAAGUCUCCAUCUGUCAUCACCAUUCCCCGGGCCCGCAAUAUUGGAGAGAGCAAGCUCUCCGCUGUUUUCCGCUCAUCAAAGGCAUUCAUAUCGACAUUUCUCCUUUUUGCAUCCAUGAGGCAGUAUCCAGACGUCUUCCUGUGCAAUGGACCGGGCACAGCGAUUCCAAUAGCGUAUGUGCUAUUCUUUUUCAAGUAUCUGGGUUUUUGCAAGACGAAAAUCAUCUAUGUGGAAAGCCUUGCCAGGGUCAACAAUUUGAGUCUCACAGGAAAGCUGAUCCUUCCAAUAGCUGACCGGAUGCUGGUCCAGUGGAGCCAGCUCGCCAAAAAGUAUAAACGAUGCGAAUAUUACGGUAUAUUAGUCUAG